AUGGACGAGAAGACAUAUUCAAGGAUUGUAUUUUAUUCAUUUAUGAUACUUUUCGGAUCCGGCUUUUUGUGUUUUAUAUUAUUCGCCGCUGGACAGCAAGCUGUAUCAUCUUCAUUCGUUUAUAGAAACACCAAAGAGAAGUUUAAUUGUUCAAAUGGAGUAUCAAUCGAAACGUCCAAAGUUUGUGAUGGUCGUAAGGAUUGUUCAGAUGGUUCAGACGAGAUCAUAGGAUUGUGUGCUCGAAACGAGUAUCGAAAUAACUUUUCCACUGGUAAUAAUUACGAUGUGGAUAAUGCGGUGUAG